AUGCUCCUCGAACUAGACUUUUUCAAAGAGAAGCUCCACACCAAGAGCCACGAGGGCAUGACUAUAUUACACAGCGAUUACUGUGGCAAUGUCAGGAAGGCACAACCCACCGACAAUACUCAGAAGGGGCGCGCCGACUUUCUCAAGCAUCGACAGGAAUGGAAAAGCAGCAUGCUUCGAAAUAAUACAGACAUGAUAGGUGUGUGGUCCAAGCCCAUUAUCAUCUCUAUGGUAAACCCUCGAGUUCUCCAGUUGGCAUUGAAUAUUCUGGUGUCGCGGUACUACGAGGAACCACAAGAGCAAGCCGAUAUUGCUCUUCUCGAAGUAUCAUCAAAGCGAGCGCGACUAGCUAAGUUUAGUUGGCGAUUGCUACCAGGGUGGAAAUAUCCUAUCAUUUCCCCGAUUUUAGAAGACUUAGAACAGGAGCAGGUUCUCUAUCUGCACGAACAUUUCGGAAUCCUCACUUACAAGAGUCCUCGCCUUUGCCGUGGUGUUUAUGGGACACUGGUAGCUAAAGGUGAUGCAUUUAAAUCAAGCCAACGCAGCCAUCGACCGACAAUCGAUGAUAUGGACGACAUAUACGAUGCAUCGUCUCGGAUCAUGCCCGCUAUUAGUAUGGACAUCCCAGAAAUUCAAGUUCCGGUUUAA